AUGUACAACGCCUUCAACUCGUCCCUGGCCAACUCGGCGGCCUUCACGCCUGGCCCGACGCAGAAGAGCAAGCUGCUGAGCGCGCUGAACGGUACCCCGUCGCAUUCGAGCCUCGGUGCGACCUCCAACUCGAACCCGAACACCAGCGCACUGCUCGCCUCGCUCAAUGGCGUCUCCGCGGCCAGCAACCUGCUCUCGGGUGCAUCGUCGUACAACAACAACAGCAGUAGCAACACUCUGCACGGUAGUCGCAACGACAACGGCAACGGUCGCCCCGCGUCGCCGACCUCCGCAGCCCAGCUCGAUCCGUGGUCGGUCUCGUCGAACGGCGCCUCGCACCUCCCCCUGUCUAUCUCGCAGUCGAUCAACAACCCUGGUCUACCAUCGGGCGUCAUCGUCUCAUCUGCGGCCGUCAACGCGAUGAACGGCAUCAGCGGAGCCAGCGCGGGCUCGGCGCUGGGCGGUUCUGCGGCGGGGUCCAGAGCCGAGACCCCAGGCGGUCAGCCCUCGCAACUGCACCAUCAGGGAGGUGGGGGAAAGCUCUUGUCCCUCGUUCAACCCGGGAGUCUCCCGGGUAACGGUGCGCAGAGUGAGAAUGAGAAGGUCUACUACCUCAUCGUUGACCUCAUGUCCCCCACGACCCGCGAAGGCGCGUUGCUCGAGCUCAGCAAAAAACGUGAACAGUGGGACGACCUCGCACUUGUUCUGUGGCAUUCGUUUGGUAGGUAUUGGCUUCUCUCCUCUUCGGUCAUGAUAGGGCGAUCGGCUGACUCGCUGUCUGCUUUUUCCCCCGCGUCUCCCUCCCCCUCUCCUGUCGCUCGUCUUCGUCUCGCACGUGCGCCACGUAUGAUUCCCCACAGGCGUCAUGUCGGCGCUGUUGCAAGAAAUUGUUUCCGUCUACCCUCUACUCGCACCGCCCUCUUUGACGGCCCACGCCUCUAAUCGCGUCUGCAACGCGCUCGCCUUGCUGCAGUGCGUCGCCUCGCACAAUGACACGCGCUCGCUCUUCUUGUCGGCCCACAUCCCGCUGUUCCUGUACCCGUUCCUCAACACGACGUCCAAGACGAGGCCGUUCGAGUACUUGCGUCUGACCUCACUCGGUGUUAUCGGCGCCUUGGUCAAACAGAACGACAACUCGGACGUGAUCAACUUCCUACUUUCGACUGAGAUCAUCCCGCUGUGCUUGCGCAUCAUGGAGACGGGUUCCGAAUUGAGCAAGACGGUCGCCAUCUUUAUCGUGCAAAAGAUCUUGCUCGAUGAGAUGGGGCUGGGCUACAUCUGCCAGACGUACGAGCGGUUUUACGCUGUCGGCACCGUCCUGAGCAACAUGGUGCAGCAGCUCGUCGAAUCGCAAGCCGUGCGGCUGCUCAAACACGUCGUGCGAUGCUACCUCCGUCUUAGUGACAACCUCAGGUAAGCACUUGAGGUGACUCGUGUCGUUCUGGCCCUGUCGUUGACCAGACUGAAUUCUUCUCUCUUCACAGAGCCCGCGAGGCCCUUCGCGCGUGCUUGCCGGAACCCUUGCGCGACGCGACGUUCUCUCCAUUGCUCAAGGGCGACAUGGUCACCAAGAGGUCAGUCAUUUUGAACCCCAGUCGAUUCGAGGGACUCAUACUCACCACGCUGGUGCUGUGCUUGCUCCCCUAUCAGAUGCCUCGCUACCCUGCUUCUAAACUUGUCCGAUCGCGUCGACUCGUAA